GAGAAAUUCAUUCGGUUUUAACUCAUUGUCAGUUGUAACUUGAAAAUUAUUGAUUCAACAUUCUUAAUACAAGGAUGAAGAUUUUUCCCAUAAACAUUCUCUUUGUCAGUUUUAUAACAUUGAUUUCUGCCAUACGUUUUCCUGUAACGGAAAAAUCAUGCCCCAAAGGAUACGCAAUUUCAUCAAAGACCAACACUUGUGAGCCGAUUUUCACAAAUGGAUGUCCAAAGAAAAGUUUCUGUUUGGGUAACAGCAGUGUUUGUAGGUGCGAUAAGAAAACGCCUAAUUUGAAUGAUGAAGAGUGUACUCUGGAAUGUCGAAAAACCUGCCCAGGAAAAAACUGUCUAGUGUGUAAGUCUGGUGAAUGCUUGUGUUCCCCUGGUUACACCAUGUUCAAUAGUCAAUGUCAACCAAUUUGUCAAGAUGGCUGCCCAAAUGGAUAUUGUUUCCGUCCAGAAAUUUGUUUGUGCAACAAUGGAUACGCCAGAUCACAAAAUGGUACUUGCUCCCGUUUAACAACAUCAGCUGACACGAUAACAAAAAAUCUCAGAACUCAGGGUUUGGGUGGAGUUGUCCUUAGAAAUGAAGAAAACUUUCAAUCCAGUGAGAGAAGUUUAUCAAACUAUUAUCAUCGAAUUAAAGGGGUAUUGAGUUAUUUGAUUGAUAUUCUAAAUCAAAAUGUUAAAUUGGUUAUUUUAACAACGUGUUCAAUUAUCCUUUUCAUUGUUCUUCUAUUAUCAAUGUACGGGAUAUUACGAAAUGGCACUCAUUAUCAUUUAGCCACAGAAGAAUACAAAGCAAGAGAACCAUUUUAUGUGUAUUUCUAAAAGUUUAAAAUAAAAAAAACUUUUGUUGAAAACAUUUUCUUGUUUAAUUUUCUCAUAUUUUAAAAAUAAAUACGAUUUCUUGUGGAUUGCUAAAAUUUA